AUGCAUGAUCACUGUGAUACGUGCUAUGAUAUUCAUUGUUCUGAUCAAUCAUGUCCAAUAGUACAUUGUUCAAAUGGUUGCUAUGCCAUGUUUCAUCAAUGUAAAGGAAAUGAUCAUUAUUUACUGUGUUCAAAUAGUAUUGUCAAUUGUUUAAAUUAUUCACAUGGUUGUAAAUUAACAUUUAAACGUUCUCAAUUGAGUUAUCAUUUACUACAUUGUCCGGCAUCCGUCAUAUGUUGUACAUUUUCACAUAUUCGACAAUUGAAAUCAAGUUCAAACAUAAUUUCCAAGCCGCAAUUAGUUGAUAUUGAACCGUCUCAACAACUCGUUUCUUUAAUAAAUGAUGGUGAAAGUCAGUCUAUUGAUGUAGCUACAGCUAUACGUGAUAGUAUAUGGUAUGAUCAUAUUCGUGAACUUAAUGAGGCAAAAUGUUUAAAUCCAUCUUAUAAUUCAAAAGAAAAAAUACUCAAUAAUAAAGAUUCUGUUAUACGUAGUAAAAAAUAUUUAUAUAUAACAAUACCUAAUUGUGUUUUAGCGUAUAAAGAUGGUGUGAUAUGCAGUACAUGCAAAUUACAUUUAAGACAAUUAGAAGAAAACGAAGGUGAACGUUUAGCGCAAAUGAGUGAAGCUGAUCGAAAAAUGAUGGAAAAUUUUCAUCUAUUAAACUCGGCUUUAUCAUCAGAUUCUGAUAUACCGUCUUUAGUGAAAAUGUCAUCAAUACCCAUGUUAACACAAAAUGGUGGAAUUGAUAUGUCAAAAGAAGUACCAGAUAUUCCACCUCAAUUAUCAUCAGAAAAUACAUUUAAUAGUCAAAUUAUCAGCGAUUUUUCUUCAUCUUUUUCUUAUCCUUAUCGUUUAAAUUAUUUUUCAUCAUUAAUAAUUGAACACAAACAGCUAAAAAAUAAAUUAUUUAAAAUAACGAAUUCAUCGUUAUUUAAUGACUUAUCUAUCCGACAUACAACACCUAAUGAACAUCAGCAAUAUCAAAAAAGCAACAAUUUAUCUUCACCUGCAAGUUCUUCAUCAAAAAUAUUUUAUUGUAAUACACUAUGUCGUCGAGAUGAAUAUAAACAACACGUACGUAACAUCCAUUGUAAUAUUCAAUGUGAAAUGGAUUCAUGGUUAAUUGUACGCUGUCCAAAUACGCAAUAUGGAUGCACAAUCGAAUAUGAACGUCUCGAACCUUAUGUUAAUGAUCUUUAUAAUAUUGAAAUUAUAUUAGAUGAACCAAAUGAUGCUAUUGCUUAUAAAUAUACUCAAAAGUGGACAUCACCGAUAUCAUCAACCAUCAGUAGACCCUACUAUGACAUUCAAAAUGAGGAUGAUACUCAAUAUCUAGUCAAUCUACCGAUUGAAAUUCUAUAUCAGAUAUUAACAAUGUUAGAUAGUUUAUCGUUGAGAAAUUUAUCACUUGUAUCCAGAUAUUUACGUGAAGUGUGUCAUCAGUUAUUACCACAAAAAGGUAUCGUUAUUUCAGAAUACAAACGUGUCCAACGACAUGGCGUCUACUCAUGGAAAGAAGAGAAGAAGCAACAACAAACUAUUCGUUCAUUAUUCUCGUCAUCAUCGAGUUUAAAUUCAUUCAGUUCAACACCAGAAGAAAAAAAUCAAGCUUUAAUCGAUCGAAUAUUGCGAGUAGAUCAUGCGGGUGAGUUGGCUGCCGAUCGUAUCUAUGCUGGACAAAUGGCCAUUCUAAAAAAUUCGGAUGUCGGUCCUACAAUUCAACACAUGUGGGAUGAGGAAAAAGAACAUUUGGCUAAAUUCAAUGAAAUGAUACCAAAAUAUAAAGCACGUCCAUCAGCAUUAUUACCAGUAUGGAGCGUAGCUGGUUAUGCAUUAGGUGCAGGUACAGCAUUACUAGGAAAAGACGCAGCAAUGGCAUGCACAGUAGCUGUUGAAGCAGUUAUUAGUGAACAUUAUAAUAAUCAAUUACGUGAUCUUAUGGAGAAUCCGAAUCAAGGAAUAGACAAAGAGUUAAUUAGCACAAUAAAAAAGUUUCGAGAUGAUGAAGCAAUUCAUCAUGACACGGGCAUUGCUAACAAUGCUGAACAGGCACCAUUUUACCGUAAUUUAACAUCAGUGAUCAAACUCGGUGUUAAAAGCGCAAUUUGGUUAGCAGAAAGGAUUUAA